CUCAUCGAGCGGGUCGCUAGCGCGCGCGCGCGCGUGUGUCCACACACACACACACACACACACCCACACCCACACCCCCGGUACAUAUAUGCAUACUACUAUUUACGUGUACACGUCAUAUCACGGCUGUCAUUGCUCGUUGUACCGGUGCGCCCUGCGGAUCAUCGUGGGUUAUUGUUAACCCACACGCACACCGUACGCUUCGCCCGCACAUCGAGAUAAAGGAGAGAGAGGGAGUAUCCUCUUCUCCUCGCAUAUAUUAUAUCUCGCUACACCCCCGCAGCUGGGGUCCCCCUUUUGGGGCGCGAGUGCGUGUGUAUACGCGUGCACGACUCAAGAUAUGACCAUCGAGUGGUGAAAAAAAAAAAAAAAAAAAAAAAAAAACACUCUGUAUACCCGCGAGAGAGUAUAUAGUGUUCGUUUUGUGCAUAUUUGUGUACAGUGGGGCGUCUUGGUACUGUAUAUUAACGUGCAUAAUAUCACCUUGCGCGAUCAUCCCCCGGGAUCGAGUUGCGAUGGUGCACGUUGCACAUACCCAAUAGGUGCACGAGAGCGAAGGAAAAAAAAAAAAAAAAGAAAAAAAAAAAAGUGCAGCAGGAAGUGGAGGAAGGUGGUGGUGGGGAAUCGCCAAUAGGACAUUGGACGAUGUUGUUUGCCGAGGGCACGCAGGUCAUCGCGUCGCAUCAUUGGCCGUUUAUCGGGAGCCACGAGUGAAAGACCACAAAAGACGUACACGGUGGAGGAGUAGCGGGUUAUUGGUUAAAAAUAUGAUCGUUGCUCCUCCGGCCGGGCCGCUCCUCCGAGUUGGAUCCAAGGAGGAUGGAGGAGGAGUGCCGGCAGUAUAAGCAGCCGUACCUCCGAGACUCGACGACCACGCUGCCCGCGAGCUCCUGCCGCCGCCGAGCCCCCCCCGUCGGGGCACCAGUACCGCCCGCGUCCCCAGCCCCCGACAAGGAGCGGCCAAUCGUGCCCCCGAAGGGGUAAACUCGAGCGCGAGUAAGAGCCCGGUGUGGCCCAUCGUACCCCUCCCCCCCUCCCCGAUUAUUUGUUUGUUGGACGAUCACGACAAUCAAACAACUCCUCCCGUGGUCGCGCGCGUCGCCACCUUAACGACGAUGAUGCUGAUGAUGACGAUGGUGAUGAUGAUGGCCCGACGCAGCCGUCAUCGCCGUCAUCGCCGUCGCCGCCGCGGACGGGACAUCCCGGUCGUUGGAGGCGCCCUCGCGGCCAAGGGACGGAGAAGCCACGCGUGAGGUGGGGCAACGUCGUCCACAGAGCUCUCCCCAAGGACGGCUUCCGGCGAAGACGUUAAAGUUUAUCAAAGGCAAAAAAGCAACUCUAUACACGCGGUAUAUUGGUAUAUUGAUAUAUAUAUAGAGAGAGAGAGAGAGAGAGAGAGAGUGAGAGAGAGGAAAAAAAAAAAGAAAGACAAAGAAUGGCCUCGGUCGCCGCGUGGCUGCCGUUCGCGCGGGCCGCGGCCGUCGGUUGGGUGCCCAUAGCCGCGCACCCCCUGCCCCCGCCCCCGAUACCCAAGGACCGGCGCAACACCGAGGACGAGAAACUCGUGAUAAACGUGUCGGGCUGUCGUUUCAUGAUUUGGCGGACAACCCUCGAAAAGUACCCCGACACCCUACUCGGGAGCAGCGAGAAGGCCUUUUUCUUCGACGAGGACACCCGUGAGUACUUCUUCGACCGGGACUCGGAGAUAUUCCGGCACAUACUCGGGUUUUACCGGACGGGCAAGCUCCACUUUCCACGGCACGAGUGCUUGACGAGCUUCGACGACGAGCUGGCCUUCUUCGGGAUCUCGUCCGAGGUGAUUGGCGACUGCUGCUACGAGAUCUACCGGGACGGCAAGCGGGAGAACCUCGAGAGGUUGAACGACGACAAGGCGAGCGAGGACGGGGACCACACGCCCCAAUUGACGGAUCUGCGGCAAAGGAUGUGGCGGGCGUUCGAGAACCCGCACACGUCGACCGCCGCGUUGGUGUUUUAUUACGUGACGGGGUUCUUUAUAGCCGUGUCGGUGCUGGCCAAUGUGCUGGAGACGGUGCCGUGCGCGAAUCUGCCGGGCCGGGCGGGCACCCUCUCGUGCGGCGAGCGCUACAAAAUCGUCUUCUUUUGCCUGGACACGGCGUGCGUGAUGAUAUUCACGGCUGAGUACCUGUUGCGGUUGUUCGCGGCGCCGAGCCGCUGCAAGUUCGCCAGGUCGGUCAUGUCCAUCAUCGACGUCGUGGCUAUACUGCCGUACUACAUAGGCCUCGGUAUAACCGACAACGACGACGUGUCCGGGGCCUUCGUCACCCUAAGGGUCUUUCGGGUCUUUCGGAUCUUCAAGUUCUCAAGGCACUCCCAGGGCCUGCGGAUACUCGGCUACACUCUUGAAUCGUGCGCCUCCGAGCUCGGCUUUCUCGUCUUUUCCCUGGCCAUGGCCAUCAUCAUAUUCGCCACCGUCAUGUUUUACGCCGAGAAAAACGUCGACGGUACCAACUUCACCUCCAUUCCUGCUGCCUUUUGGUACACCAUCGUCACGCUCACCACCUUGGGGUAUGGAGACAUGGUGCCGGAAACAAUAGCCGGCAAGAUAGUGGGCGGCGUGUGCUCGCUCAGCGGCGUGCUCGUGAUCGCCCUGCCCGUACCCGUCAUCGUCAGCAACUUCAGUCGGAUUUAUCACCAGAAUCAACGGGCCGACAAGAGGAAGGCGCAGAGGAAAGCCAGACUGGCGCGGAUAAGGAUCGCCAAGGCGUCGAGCGGGGCAGCGUUCGUCAGCAAGAAGAAAGCCGCCGAGGCGCGAUUGGCGGCCCAGGAGAGCGGCCUCGAGACGGACGAUUACCUCAAGCAGGAGGACAUAUUCGAGCUGCAGCACCAUCACUUGCUGAGGUGCCUCGAGAAGACGACGGACCGCGAGUUCGUGGAGAUGGAAGUGCCAUUCAACGGAGCGCCGAAGCGGGCCGGCUCCCCGAGUCCCCUGACCUCGCCGGCCCACAGCACGGGGCCCCAGCACCAGCGAGGGACGAUCCUGCAGUUCUGCUGCGGCCGGUGUUACCCGCGCUACCAGAGCUUGUCGUAUCAGAUGACGGUGACCGAGAGCAAGGAUAAAGUGGUGCUUGUUUACGGCGACCGUAUUGAAGUGCGGACAAAGGAUUUAAAGAAACGCGGCUCGCACACCUGCGACAUGCAGGCCCUGCGGCCGCUCCCGGUCGUUUCCAACACCAUCGCCACCACCACGGCCACGUCCGAUGUGUGCACCUCCGGUGGCCAGCCACCGAUUUUGGAGACCGCCUGAGCCGAAGCCGGUGAUGAUCGAUUCGUCCCCGCGCUGCAAUCGCCGUUGACUCUUCAUCCACGACCACCAGAUAGUAGAAAAAGAUAAUGAAAAAAAAAAAAAAAAAAAAAAAAA